CGCAUCGCAGUCAGUUUUGUAGGCGCGGCGUGAUAGGUGGUUCGUACAAUCUAGUACGAUCCUUGGAACCUAGGGAUCGCGCCCGCGUUCUUUCAAGCUCGAGCAAGCUCGAGUGGCUCGAGUGGCUCGAGUAGUCGAAUAGUCGACUGAGCUCGACGACCUAGGUAGGGCCUUUUCAUCUCGAGGCGCAAACGGCAGAGUCCAGCGCAAAUCCAUCGCCGCCGCGCGCGAGCGCGCGUAUAGUGUAUAUACCCACGCAGACGGGAUGGCGUCCACGAAGAGGAAGCAGGACGAGAGGAACUUGAAGACGCUCCGCGAACUGGUCUCGCAACCGGGCAACAAGGAAUGCUUCGACUGCAAUCAGCGCGGGCCGACUUACGUCAACAUGACGAUCGGCUCUUUCGUCUGCACCUCUUGCUCUGGUAUGCUACGAGGCCUGACUCCACCACACAGGGUAAAGUCCAUUUCAAUGGCGACAUUCACUCAGGAUGAGAUAGAUUUCAUAAAGGAGCACGGCAACGAGUACUGCAGGAGAAUAUGGCUGGGCCUGAUGAACUCAAACUCCCCGCAGAACUUGGACACUAAGGACGAACAAAAGAUGAAGGACCUGAUGAGCGCCAAAUACGAGCUUAAAAGAUAUUAUCUGGAUCCGUCAAUCGCAAAUCAAAAUACGAUAACGACACAGCCAAGGUCACAGUCUACGAGCAGCAUUCCGAGGGUACCGAACUUGGGAACAUCCACGACAUUGCCCGCACCGGUCAGCCAGAAGCCGAGCAACACAGAUGCGUUAAACAAUUCCAACAAUUUCUCGACGGACUUCGUCGCCGAUUUUAGCAAAGUUCCUGAUCCCUUCUGCCCGACGACGACGGCGCCGGUCGGUCAACAGACGAUCGCACCGCAGCCGUUCUUCGCUAAUUUUGACAAUAAUCCAGUCUUCAAUAACUCGAAGAGUAUGGAAACGUCCGCAAUGUUUAAUCAGGUCGGUGGAAACGCCACGAUGAACAUGAAUGGAAUACACGCGCCACCCUCGGAAGAUCGUUACGCGGCACUUAAAGACUUAGACUCAUUGAUGAAGCAAACGCAAUUGAAGGAAGAGACGACUGGAACCUUGUCUGCAUCUACAUGGAAUACAAAUAAUUCAAAUGCACCAAAUGCUACAUGGAGUAUAGGAGUAAAUAAUCAAACGCACGUCAUUUCAAACCCGUUCACGGGUGGUGAUUUAUGGCGGCCGUCUGCGAACAUAGUCAACAAUAAUACUCAAUCCGUCGAUAGCUCUCUGUACAACCCCGUGAAUCCAUUUAAAUCGACUCAGUUUCCUGUAAAUAAUGAUUCGCAAUGGAUUGGCAUUGGCACAUCUAGCAAUGGAGACGUACUCCAAUUAAGUCAACUCAUGACGCCGUUAACGAACAAAGUAUGGCAACCGACAGUACCAGCAUAUCAUGCAAAUCCGUUCAUGGUGGGCACGGGAGUAAGUAACAUGACAAGGAAUUCAAACAACCCCUUCUUAUGAUUAUGUACGCAUAAGCUUUUAAUGGAGUUACGAACAAAUAAUGCGAACUAAAAUUUAUUUAGAUUUAGGCAAAUUGUUAUAUACGUGACCUUAUUGGCAAUUAGUGCCAUUAACUUUUAUCCCCAGGAGCACCAAUCUCAUAUCUAUAUAAAUAAAAAAGA